GGUGUGUGGGGUGUGUGAGUGCUGGUACCUCGGGUGCUCCCCGGUUCACCGGCGAUACCCACGUGCUCGCGCGGCUGUGGGGGCUCGCUCCUAGCGCGGCUGCCGCGCUGCGGGGAGUUGGGACGGGACGGGACGGGACGGGACAGGACAGGCUCUGCCCCGCGCCUCUCCCCUCCGCCCGAGGAGCGCGCCGGGGGGGUCUCCCCUUCAGCCGUCCCGAACGGUGGAAGUACCGCUGGCUCCGGCUUGCCCGGUUUCUGAUCCAGCUCAGUAGUUGGGAAACUUCAGCACCUCUAUGUGACGGGCGAUCUGAAAGCCUGCUGUUUCUUUCUGCAUGGGAAGUUUUCAGUAGCGGGAAUGUCCUGAGUAGAGAUGGGAGAUAAAGUGUGAAGUAACUUGCAGAAUUGGCUUUGAGUAAGGGAGCGUCUAAAAUGCAAGUUUGUGCCUCAGUGAGGGCACUGGGGAGUUGGAGACUUAAACGUUGGUUACGUUAAAGCUUAAAAACACUGGAUUGUGAGAAUUACUUGGAAAGUGCUAGGACAUUAUUUUGAAAAUAAAUGCUUAACAAUGUCUUUUGAUUGCAAGACAGCUGAAAUGUUUUGAGAGCUGCUUCUCCUUUCCUAACCAUGAACAGUUCAAAAUCGCUAGGGCUGGCUGGAUUUGGAAUCUUGAAAAACACAACCUGCCAUACAGAGAAGAAGAUUUCAGUUUUCUUUUCAAUCAUCUUCAUGACAGUGGGAAUUCUGUCCAACAGUCUUGCAAUAGCAAUUCUCCUGAAGGCAUAUCAGAGAUUUAGACAGAAAUCCAAAGCCUCCUUUUUGCUUCUCGCUAGCGGCUUGGUCGUCACAGAUCUCUUUGGCCACCUCAUCAACGGAGCCAUUGCAGUGUUUGUGUAUGCAUCGGAUAAAGACUGGAUUCGAUUUAAUCAGUCCAACAUUCUUUGCAGUGUUUUUGGCAUCUGCAUGGUUUUCUUUGGUUUGUGCCCACUUUUCCUGGGCAGUGUGAUGGCUGUUGAAAGGUGCAUUGGAGUCACUAAGCCAAUAUUUCACUCUACAAAAAUGACUUCUAAACAUGUGAAAAUGAUGUUGACUAUGGUAUGUCUGUUUGCUGUUCUUAUAGCUUUGCUGCCUGUUCUUAGGUUUAGAGCCUAUCAAAUUCAAGCAUCGAGGACCUGGUGCUUCUAUAAAACAGAACAUGUUGAGGACUGGGAAGACAGAUUUUAUCUCUUACUUUUUUCUUGCCUUGGGUUACUGGCCCUUGCUGUUUCAUUCUUGUGCAAUGCAGUCACAGGAAUUACUCUCUUAAGAGUCAAAUUUAAAAGUCAACAAAGACAAGGCAGAUCUCAUCAUUUUGAAAUGAUCAUUCAGCUCUUGGCUAUAAUGUGUGUUUCUUGCAUUUGCUGGAGUCCAUUCCUGGUAACAAUGGCCAAAAUUGGAAUAAAUGAGAGUCGUUCAAAGGAGACCUGUGAAACAAUACUUUUUGCUCUUCGAAUGGCAACGUGGAAUCAGAUUUUAGAUCCCUGGGUGUACAUUCUUCUCCGGAAAGCUGUGCUUAAAAACCUGUACAAGAUUGCAAGGGGAUGUUGUGGUGUGCACAUCAUAAAUUUACACAUGUGGGAACUCAGCUCCAUCAAGAAUUCUUUGAAGGUUGCAGCAAUAUCUGACUCACCAGUAAGUUCCAAACAAAUAAACCUACAGCCGCUCAGCAAUACAGGGCAUUAAACACAAUGUAUGGAGAGAUGAUGGAGGCAGCUCUCAUGCAUGGGCAACACGUUAAAAUUAAGUCCAAAGCUCAGUGGUUUCGCACUUGUUUAAAUCUUGAGCAGUUUGCUCUUGCUGCUAACCGGUUUGAUAUUGCUACUCCGAAAGAGGCACUUGAAUGUUUUAAUUCCCUUUAGAAUACAUCCUAUCCAAAACUGGUAGUAGAGUGAUGAAUCGUCCUGUAUUCCUCUUUUCCAGGUAUUAAAGUGAACAGGGCUCCUUAUAACACUCCGCUACCAAAUCCUUUACCUUAGCAGACUUCUUAAGAGCACAUGCAACUGUGAAAGUCAUCUCCAAGGUCAUUUUUAAAAGGGAUAGAUUUUAUCUACCAGUGAUACCCUCAGAUAUUUUGCAGAGUAACUGCUUCCUUGGGUGAACUCCAGCAUCCUUUCCCUAAGGGUAUUCUUUGCUUUUAGGCAUUGAAUUUCCAGUUAGAUAUAUAAAAGGCAUUUUGUUUGUGCCCAACUUAUUAAAUGAUCAAAUUUGCGUGGUUCAUUGACUUGACCUCUUAAUUAGUUACUGUUCUAUGAAUUUUUGGGAGAGCUGCAGACUUCAUCAGCUUAAGCAUUCCUUUCAAAUCACUGACAAACCAUGAAGUUCCUUGUCGGAACACAGCAGAUCAGCUCAGCUUGCUUACAGUUACAUUUUCUGAUCUAUUGGUGAGUUUUUAGUCCUUUCAACAAAUUUUGUUGAAACUAACAGGCAUAAAGCUGUGGUUAAUCUGUAAAAAAUGUAGUUGUUUCAUUUUUUUCAACUCCCAAACUGAAGGCAGUGUUCCCGUAAGGCAUAUACUGUGUUGCUCAUGAGGUGUAUGUGCUUCAUUUGUAAAAGGUCACACGUGUCUCAUGAAAAAUGAGUGUGACCAAAUGAGCAUCUCUGCAGGGAACUGCACUGGGGGCGUGUUGUUUUGUUGUUUGUUGGUUUUUUUUUGUGAAAACAAAUGGCAUGCUUAGUUUUUCAGGCUCUGUGUCUGAAUUGCUAAGGGUAUUCAGUGUAUUUGAAGGGAUCAGAAAGUUUCCAGGACUUUGCACAGGAGGACCUUCACCUUUAAUGCUGCUAAAAGGAGCUUU